AUGGAAGUCAUCUCUACAGAAAAUCUAACUGCUGAAUUUGUCCUCCUUGGCUUUUAUGACUUCCCUGAACUUCAUUUCCUGUUCUUUAUUGUGUUCACAGUUGUCUAUGCCUCCAUUGUCAUAGGGAAUAUGCUAAUCAUUGUGGCAGUAGUGAGCUCUCAGAGGCUCCACACACCCAUGUAUUUCUUUCUGGCUAAUCUGUCCUUCCUGGAGAUACUCUAUACCUCCACAGUGGUGCCAAAAAUGCUGGAGGGCUUUUUGAAGGAAGCAACUAUUUCUGUGACUGGCUGUUUACUUCAAUUCUUUAUUUUUGGCUCUCUAGCCACGACUGAAUGCUUUCUGCUGGCGGUCAUGGCCUAUGAUCGCUAUCUAGCAAUUUGCCACCCUCUCCGUUACCCAUUACUGAUGGGGCCUACUUGGUGCUUGGGGCUGGUGGUUAUAUCAUGGAUGUCUGGUUUCAUGGUAGAUGGACUUGUUGUGAUUCUAAUGUCACAGCUGAGGUUCUGUGGCCCAAAUCUCAUUGACCACUUUUACUGUGACUUCAUGCCUUUGGUAGAGCUGGCUUGCUCAGAUCCAAGAGUGGCCCAGAUGACAACCUUCAUUCUUUCCGUGGUCUGUCUCACUCUUCCCUUUGGACUGAUUCUUACAUCUUAUGUCAGGAUACUUGUGGCUGUGCUAAGAGUACCUGCUGGGGCCAGCAGACGAAAGGCUUUCUCCACAUGUUCCUCCCACCUAGCUGUAGUGUCCACCUUCUAUGGGACUCUUAUGGUCUUGUAUAUUGCACCCUCUGCUGUCCACUCUCAGCUCCUUUCCAAAGUUUUUGCUCUGCUCUAUACUGUGGUCACUCCUAUCUUUAAUCCUGUGAUCUACACCCUGAGGAACAAGGAGGUUCAUCAGGCCUUGUGGAAAAUUCUCUAUAUUAAGAAAAUGGAAACACUUAAUUGA